UUCCUCUGAGACAGAGAUUUUACCACGAUUUUACAAAGCCAGAUUUUAACUUUUUGAGUAAAGUAAUGAAUCGUCUUUGAAUUUAUUUUGUACGGAUCACAAAUAAACAUACAUUUACUUUGACGAUGGAGUCAUCAGCAUUACAGGGCUCUGACAAUGUUUCCGUGAAAACUGAGCCUUGUGAGGAGCUGUAUAUAAAAUGUGAAGCAACGUUUGAGGAAGUGUCUGUAAAAGCUGAGCCUUUGUCUGAAGAUCUGUGUGUAAAAGAGGAGUCAGGGCGCCAAAGUCGAUCUAUGGAUUCUAUCUUUGAAUUGAAGUCACCAGCAUUACAGGACUCGGACAAUGUUUGCGUGAAGACCGAGCCUUGUGAGAAGCUGAAUAUAAAGUGUGAAGCAACGUUUGAGGGAGUGUCUGUAAAAGCUGAGACAUUUUCUGAAGAUCUGUGUGUUAAAGAGGAGUCAGGGCGCCAAAGUAUAUCUUUAAAACCUGAGCCCAACUGUGGGAGUGUAUCUAUGAAACCUGAGCCCCAACUGGAUACUUUCUUUGUAAAGGAAGAACCUAGAUCCGAGAGUGUGUCUAGAGAAGUCAAGCCUUCAUGCUCAGGUGUAAACGUCAAGAGGGAAUCGCUCGGCAAGAAUGCGGAGUCAGAACUCUACACGGACCACGCUGUGAAAGAUGAGCUUGUGCUUGGUUUGGAAUUGGUGGAGAAGAAGGUCUGCCGUACACCAACAGGACACACUUCAUCUAAGAUGCCAGGAGGAUCAAAACCUCACCAGUGUAAUCAGAGUAGUUACGCGUCUAAAUCACAAUGUUCUUUGCGAAACCAUCCUUUAACGAAAGUAACGAAACACACCGAUGAAAAGCCCUACAAAUGUGAACAUUGUAGUUAUACUACUGCAUACAGAGAAUCAUUUCAUAUUCAUUUAGAGUCACAUACUAAUGAGAAAAAAACAAAAAAGAAGAAGUGUUAUUGUGGUUACACUACUACCUCGCAACGUUCUCUGAGACUCCAUAUUCUAAGGAACCACACUGACGAAAAGCCUUUCAAAUGUGACCAGUGUGGUUUUGCUACUGCAUUGAAAGAUGAUUUCGCCUUUCACAAAAGGAAACAUGCUGAUAAAAUUGGAAAUAGCUUUAUAUGCGAUAUAUGUGGUCAUAGUAGCAAGCAAAAACGUGUUUUAAUAGAUCACAUGCGUCUACACACUGGUGAAAAGCCCCACAAAUGUAAGAAGUGUGGUUAUUCUAGUGCUUUAAUACAAUAUUUGAAAAAUCAUGCAAAAUGUCACAGUCGCGUAGGUAAAAAAUUUUACAAAUGCGAUGUGUGUAAUGAUUCAUUUAGUACCAAAAGAACUUUAUCAUACCAUUUGAGACUGCACAGUGAAAACUCAUAUAAAUGCAAACAGUGUAGUUUUACCAGUGCCUACAGAGGCGCGUUUAUUCUUCAUGUGCAAAGUCAUGAUAGUGUUUACCGCUGUCUGCAGUCAGAAAACGUUUAUAAAUGUGACCGGUGUAGUUAUGCUACCGAGCGGAAGUCUUUCUUAGAUCAGCAUUUGAAGACACAUGGCAAAGCUGAGCGGAGCAAGCAGAAUGUUAUUGCCAGCAACACAAAUGUUAGGAAACCUGGAGUGAGGUGUUAUGUGAACAAAACACGUGCGAUACGUGGGCCAGGCCGUGAGGCACAGGAGUGAAGCUAACUUAGGCACUGGUCACACCGCUAGUAAACUAUGAGCUAUCGGCUAUAAAAAUGAACAAGAUAAGCACUCUCGUGCAAAUAAAAGAGACACGGCGAUAUUGAUAGCUCACCGCUGGGCGAGUUACUAUAAACAUCGCCGUGU